AUGGCCUCGCGAAGUGCCCCCCCUCCAGAUGACAUUUCGAAGCCUCAUCUAAAGCUACAGACGGCGGCUGAAGCCAUCUAUGGAUCAGCACAGCGUAAUGUGUCUGCGGGAUCAGCCAGCAGCGAUCUAGAUGACUUCAACGAGUUAUCCCAGUUACCUUCCCCUAGACCCGAUGAUGGCCAAAGCGUGUUUGCGGUGUUCUCUGGAGCAGAAGCGCCUAUGGAUGCCAUUGUACGCCAACCCUCAAUGUCAAGACGUGUAGUGCAUGGCGGCAUGGAUCCAAAUAGUCCGCUGAUGUCGCCAACUACCCGUUUUGGCUCCAAUGUUAUUGCUCGGCCCCAGGUUCUUGAUGCACCAAUUAGUUUGCCCAAGCGCACAUCUCCGCGGCCACAUUCGACUUUGCAGCGAGUAAAUUCUGUUAGAUUACAUCGUGAGGUUCGUGUCGAAUCUCGCACAGAAACUCCCCGCGGCUCGCCGGGCCCCGAGCUUCCUGUGGUUCAUGAAGACUUUGUACUGCCUGAUAUGGGUGACAGGUUCAAGGACAAAGCCGACGUUUACAUUGCAUUCACACCAAGUCUUAAGAAGACCACCUGGGAUCGCGUAAGGUUCCUUGGAAAGGGCUCCUUCAGCCAGGUUAUUUUGGCGACCCCUACGCUUUCCCAAGUGCACCCAGAGCUUAUUUAUAGAGCCAGAGCAACAUUUGUUGCUGUCAAGAUAACAUCUCUGGGCAAAGCGCACACCCCGGAGAGAUUACAAUUGGAGGAAGCACUGAGGCGCGAUGUGGAGCUCGUUAAAUCGCUCUCCCACCCCAACCUAAUGUCAAUAAUUGCCUUCAACAUCGACGAGGCACGUGCCUUGGUUGUCCUUCCUUAUUGUGCGGGUGGCGACUUAUUUGAACUUGUGUCUGUCCAUCGUGUGGAUCUGUCGGCGAACCUUGUUCGUCGAAUGUUUGCUGAUGUCGUGAGCGCGGUUGCUUAUCUCCACCAAAACUACGUGGUACAUCGUGAUAUCAAACUCGAAAACGUUUUAGUGACGCUGCCGGCAGCUGAACUACUAGCGUUAGAAGACCCUAUUUCUUACCCGCAUCCUAUUUGUAUUGUGACAGACUUGGGGCUUGCUCGCACUAUUGACCCUGACAAUCCUUUACUCACUACGAGAUGCGGAAGCGAAGACUAUGUCCCCCCUGAAAUUCUUAUGGGCCAACCUUAUGAUGGACGAGUUACAGACUGUUGGGCGCUGGGCGCUUUGCUUUAUGCCGUACUCGAAGGUAGACUUCCAUUUGACCCUCCUCCUAAUGCUCCCCCUCUUGAAGGGCGUCGAGCUCGACUUCGCACCGCCCAGAGAAUUGCAAGAAUUGACUGGGCAUGGUAUAAACGCAAGGACGAACCUCCGGAUUCCCCAUGGGCCGGAGGUCAAGCGGUGGUUGAUGGGUGUUUCCAACCAGCUGCUGACCGUCUGCGAGCGCCACAAAUUCUUGAAGCCAACUGGAUCAAGGGUGCAUUGAACGAGUCCGCUACACCUCCAGUCAGUACUGAUCCCAUUAGCUUAUUCGUUGAUCAGCCCGUUCCAGCAGAGGAUCUGCGCGAAAUUCAACGUGUGACAUCUAAUGCUUGA